AUGGGAUCACUGAAGAAGAUGGAUCAAGUUGAGCACGAUUUGCAGGUUUCUUCAAACGAUUCUCCUAUAUUAUACGUUAAUGGAGUUCGAAGAGUUUUACCUGAUGGAUUAGCUCAUUUCACUUUACUUGAGUAUCUCAGAGAUAUAGGUCUUACGGGGACUAAACUAGGCUGCGGUGAAGGUGGUUGUGGGGCUUGCACUGUUAUGGUUUCUCAUUAUGAUACAAAUUUGAGGAAAAGCUUACACUAUGCUGUCAAUGCUUGCUUAGCACCUCUAUAUUCUGUUGAAGGGAUGCAUGUGAUUACAGUGGAGGGAAUUGGAAGCUUCAGGCAUGGAUUGCACCCUAUCCAGGAAUCUCUGGCUCGUACUCAUGGUUCACAAUGUGGAUUUUGUACACCUGGUUUUGUUAUGUCUAUGUAUGCGUUAUUGCGGUCAAGUCAAACACCGCCUACUGAAGAACAAAUAGAAGAAUGUCUUGCUGGAAAUUUAUGCCGAUGUACCGGUUACAGAGCAAUACUUGAAGCAUUCCGGGUCUUUGCCAAAACUAGUAAUAUCUUAUAUACUGGUGUUUCUUCACUAAGCCUUCAAGAUGGCCAGUCUGUUUGCCCGUCAACCGGGAAACCCUGUUCGUGUAAUUUGAACAGUGUAAAUGAUAAAUGUGUAGACAGUGUUAAUGAUAGAUGUGUAGACAGUGUUGAUAGACAUAAACCUACUUCCUAUAAUGAAGUAGAUGGGACCAAAUAUACAGAAAAGGAACUUAUUUUUCCUCCUGAACUGUUGUUAAAGAAACCAACCUUCUUAAAUUUGACUGGAUUUGGCGGGCUAAUGUGGUAUCGGCCUAUAACACUUCAACACGUAUUGGAUUUGAAAGCCAAAUAUCCUAAUGCAAAGUUGAUAGUCGGUAAUACUGAGGUAGGAAUUGAGAUGAGACUAAAGAGAAUACAAUAUCAAGUUCUGGUUUCUGUAAUGCAUGUGCCAGAACUAAAUGUUUUGGAAGCUAGGGGUGAUGGCAUAGAAAUAGGUGCUGCAGUGAGAUUAUCCAUUCUCUUGAAUUUUUUCCGGAAGGUUGUGACUGAGCGAGCUGCUCAUGAAACUUCAUCUUGUAAAGCCUUUAUUGAGCAACUGAAAUGGUUUGCUGGAUUACAGAUAAGAAAUGUUUCAUCAAUUGGUGGAAAUAUAUGUACUGCCAGCCCAAUAUCAGACUUGAAUCCUCUCUGGAUGGCAGCUAGAGCAAAGUUUCGAAUUAUUGACUCAAAAGGAAACAUCAAAACAGUACUGGCAGAAAAUUUCUUCCUGGGUUAUCGUAAGGUGGAUUUGGCGUAUGAUGAAAUCUUGCUCUCCGUAUUCUUGCCAUGGAAUAAGACCUUUGAGUUUGUGAAAGAAUUUAAACAGUCCCAUAGAAGGGAUGAUGAUAUUGCAAUUGUAAAUGCUGGUAUUCGUGUUCAUCUUCAGGAACAUAAUGAUAACUGGGUUGUUGCCGAUGCAUCGAUUGUUUAUGGUGGGGUGGCACCAUGUUCACUUUCUGCCAUUAAAACUAAGGAAUUUCUCAUUGAUAAGAUUUGGGACCAAGAUCUGUUAAAAAAUGCAUUGAAAAUUCUGCAAAAGGAUAUAGUAAUUAAGGAUGAUGCUCCUGGUGGAAUGGUAGAGUUCCGGAAAUCUUUGACUCUGAGUUUCUUUUUUAAAUUUUUUCUAUGGGUGUCUCAUCAAAUGAGUGGCAUCAAAGAGUCUAUACCGUUAUCCCAUCUAUCUGCAGUGCACUCGGUUCACCGCCCACCAGCUACAGGAUCUCAGGACUAUGAAAUCAUGAAACAAGGGACAUCCGUGGGGUCUCCUGAGGUUCAUCUAUCUUCAAGACUUCAGGUCACUGGAGAAGCUUUAUAUGCUGAUGACAUACCAAUGCCUCCAAAUGGCUUGCAUGCUGUCUUAGUUUUGAGUAGAAAACCCCAUGCCCGAAUACUUUCAAUUGAUGAUUCAGAGGCCAGGACUUCACCUGGAUUUGUGGGCUUGUUUCUAGCCAAAGAUGUACCUGGUGAUAAUAUGAUUGGAGCGGUUGUUGCUGACGAGGAGCUUUUUGCCGUGGAAUAUGUCACAUGUGUGGGUCAGGCAAUAGGAGUUGUUGUGGCUGAUACUCAUGAAAAUGCAAAGAUAGCUGCAAGAAAAGUUCAUGUUGAGUAUGAAGAGCUCCCAGCUAUUUUGUCAAUACAGGAUGCCAUCAACGCUAAAAGUUUUCAUCCCAACACAGAAAAGCAUAUGAAUAAAGGUGAUGUUGAUCACUGUUUCCAGUCAGGCAAGUGUGACAGAAUAAUUGAAGGGGAAGUUCAGAUAGGAGGUCAGGAACACUUUUAUCUGGAGCCACAUGGCAGUUUGGUAUGGACAUUAGAUGGUGGAAACGAAGUUCAUAUGAUAUCAUCUACUCAAGCUCCUCAGAAGCACCAGAAAUAUGUUUCUCAUGUUCUAGGUCUUCCCAUGUCAAAAGUUGUUUGCAAAACAAAGCGAAUUGGUGGUGGAUUUGGGGGAAAGGAGACAAGAUCAGCUUUUAUUGCCACAGCAGCUUCAAUUCCAUCUUAUCUGUUAAAUCGACCAGUGAAAAUCACACUGGAUCGAGAUGUAGACAUGAUGAUAUCUGGGCAACGCCAUAGUUUCUUAGGAAAGUAUAAGGUUGGAUUUACAAAUGAAGGGAGGGUGCUUGCACUGGAUCUUGAAAUUUAUAACAAUGCUGGAAAUUCACUGGAUUUGUCACUUGCUAUCCUUGAACGUGCUAUGUUUCAUUCGGAUAACGUGUAUGAAAUACCAAAUGUGAGGAUAAUGGGAAGGGUUUGCUUCACUAAUUUCCCUAGUAACACUGCUUUUCGUGGAUUUGGUGGCCCUCAAGGCAUGCUUAUUACUGAAAAUUGGAUUCAUAGGAUCGCCGUGGAGCUCAAUAUGAGCCCAGAAGUGAUAAGGGAAAUUAAUUUUCAAGGUGAAGGAUCCAUAUUGCAUUAUGGUCAGAUAGUUGAGCACUGCCCUCUAUCCCAGCUAUGGAGCGAACUGAAGUUAUCCUGUGACUUUGUGAAGACAUGUGAAGAAGUUGACCGAUUCAAUACUCACAACCGCUGGAGGAAGCGUGGCAUUGCUAUGAUUCCUACUAAGUUUGGUAUAUCCUUUACAACGAAGCUUAUGAACCAGGCAGGGGCUUUGGUUAAUGUCUAUACAGAUGGAACUGUCUUAGUUACCCAUGGUGGUGUGGAAAUGGGGCAAGGUUUACAUACAAAAGUUGCUCAGAUUGCGGCAUCAGCUUUCAAUAUCCCUCUUAAUUCUGUCUUUAUAUCGGAUACAAGUACUGAUAAGGUUCCUAACUCUUCUCCAACAGCAGCUUCUGCAAGUUCUGAUAUGUAUGGAGCAGCGGUUUUAGAUGCAUGUGAGCAAAUAAUAGCACGCAUGGAACCUAUUGCUUCCCAACAUAAAUUCAACACUUUUGCUGAGCUAGUUAAUGCGUGCUAUGCAGAGCGAAUUGACCUUUCUGCCCAUGGAUUUUAUAUUACACCUGAUAUUGGCUUUGAUUGGACCACGGGUGAAGGAAAACCUUUUAGGUAUUUCACUUAUGGGGCUGCAUUUGCCGAGGUUGAAAUUGACACCUUGACUGGAGAUUUUCACACCAGGGUGGCAGACAUAAUUUUGGAUCUCGGUUACUCUCUGAACCCAGCAAUAGAUGUUGGACAGAUCGAAGGAGCUUUUAUUCAAGGUUUGGGUUGGGUUGCUUUAGAAGAACUUAAAUGGGGAGAUGCAGCUCAUAAAUGGAUCCCCUCUGGUUGGCUCAACACUUGUGGACCUGGAGCUUAUAAAAUUCCUUCUAUAAACGACGUUCCCUUGAAAUUUAAUGUCUCACUUCUGAAGGGUCAUCCAAAUAUAAAGGCAAUACAUUCGUCUAAAGCAGUUGGCGAGCCUCCGUUUUUCCUAGCAUCAGCUGUAUUCUUUGCCAUAAAGGAUGCCAUCCGAGCUGCAAGAGUUGAAAUGGGGCAGGCUGACUGGUUUCCUCUUGAUAGUCCAGCAACUCCUGAGAGAAUACGAAUGGCUUGUUUAGAUGAAUUUACAUCAUCUUUUGUUAAUUCAGAUUUCCAUCCCAAACUUAGUGUCUGA